AUGUCAGUCUCAGAGCAGAUUCCGCACGAGGAUCUUGAAAACCCGCUACGUAUAGUUCUUGUAUUGGACAUUCCCAAUUCGAAAGAGUCAGAAAUGGAAGAGCGUUUACUUGAUGAUCUUCAAACUUUUGACUCUGUUAAUGAGUUUUUUGAUGCUUUUGAUGAGAAAGUGGCUAUUCCCAAUGAAGGACAUAUAAAGUAUGAAGUGGGUAGUGAUGGACUAGUCGUUAUUAUCGUUGACGGAAAUGAGUUGAAAGACCGUGUCUUGGAGUUUAUCGAUGAAUAUGAGCAAGAGAUGGGGAACAGUAACCAUGAUAAGGAGGAGGAGGAGGAGGAGGAGGAGAAGGAGGAGGAUAGCUCUGGAAAGAAGAAACAAAAAAAAUAA